GCACUUGUUUUCAAGAUGGCGCCCUGCUAUGUAGUCAUUAGCAAUGUCAGUAAAUAAUUGUGACAACAUCAAAACUAAACAUACUCUGCAUUUAAAAGAGGAGAACACGUAUUAAAUGAAAGCAUGAGGGUACUGAUUAGAGCUGUAAAACACAUUUAUAAACAACCACUAUGCAACGCCGCAUCCCGUGAACGGUCCAUUGCAAGUUCAUCUGAAGGAAGUGGCCUGCUACAGCCCAGACAUGAGAAGCUGAUUUUCUGCUCCACCGCAGAGCUCUCUCAAGGGCUCGGCGGUAACGUGGAGGUAAGAACUGAGUUCAUUAGUGAAGAAGAGGAAAGUGCCUUCAUGAAAGAACUUGAGCAGGGGUUGAGGAAGAAACGCUACGAAUUUGACCAUUGGGAUGACGCGAUCCAUGGUUACAGAGAGACAGAACGGGAGAGGUGGGGUGUUAUGUGUACGGCGGUGCUGGAGAGACUAAGGACUGUGGCUUUUCCCAAGGGUAGUACCCUCUUGGGUCCUGUCCAUGUUCUGGACCUAGACAAGGCUGGAUACAUCAAACCCCACAUUGACAGUGUGAAGUUCUGCGGUACCACCAUAGCAGGGCUGAGUCUGCUAUCCGACAGCAUCAUGCGUCUGGUGAAGGAGGACGAUGCAGCCCAGUGGUUGGACUUGCUUCUGCCCCGCCGCUCCCUCUACAUACUCAGGGACCAGGCCAGGUACAAAUUCACUCAUGAGAUUCUCCGAGACGAGGACUCGGUCUUUGACGGACAGAGAGUGCCUCGUCAACGAAGAAUCUCUGUCAUCUGUCGGAACCUUCCAAGUUAAGACGAGGAAGCCAAGUGGGGUGUAUUACUGCAACAUAGACCUCUGCUACAGGAUCUGGAUCAGGAUCUACAGUCCCAGUCUACAGGAAUAUGAAGGGAAGCGGAUGAAGUGGAUCUAAGGAUGUUGUUCCCACAAUACAAAUAUCACAAGGAAGGCUCCUCCUGUGAAAAAUCUUGAAAUCCAAAACCAACAACUUUAUGACGUUGUCCCCAUGCAUGGCGGAUAUGUUUUGAAAGGCAAACCAGCACUUUACCCAGACAAAUAAAUUAAAUGUGUUCUAAUGACAUAUUGGGCUUGCUGUAUGACAUGACAGGUGCAGGUCUAGGUGGGCAACAAUGUUAACCUUUAUUUUGAAGUGUCUGUAAGGAGACAUGGUAUCUGUUUUAAUAAAAUUGAGGCCAUAUCAUUCUGAAA